CCGGUGUGGGCGGGGCCUCCGCUUCCUGCCCGUGGGGGCCGGGCGGGUGCCCGCGCCCCAGGCGCUCGGCCCCGCCCCGCCCGCGGGGUGUCCGCGCCCCGCCCGCAGCAUGCAGGGCGCCGCCGCCAUCCCCGGGGACGUCCGCGGCCUCCUGGCAGAUGUCGACACGUUUAUUUCUCAAACCCUAAAAGGAGAAAAUCUGUCCAAGAAAGCAAAAGAAAAAAAGGAUGUUCUUCUUAAGAAGAUAAAAGAGGUUAAGGCAAGUUACCCUCAAGAAUUCCAGGAUAAAGAAUUGGAAGAUGAGGAAGAGUCUGAGGGCUCUUUUUCUUCGCCUCCUGAUAGUGUCUCAAUAGCAUCUGACCGAUAUGAUAAAGACGAUGAAGGACACUCUGAUGGGAAUCUGUUUCCUCCUAUUGCAUGUCAAGAUCUUCAGUUUGUUCUGAAGGCUGGAUAUUUGGAAAAACGCAGAAAAGACCACAGUUUUCUUGGCUUUGAAUGGCAAAAGCGGUGGUGUGUCAUCAGUAAGACAGUCUUCUACUAUUAUGGAAGUGACAAAGACAAACAACAGAAAGGUGAAUUUGCCUUAGAGGGCUACACCAUCAGAAUGAAUAAUAACCUUCGGAAGGAUGCAAAGAAAGAUUGCUGUUUUGAAAUCUCUGCUCCUGAUAAGCGCAUUUAUCAGUUUGCAGCUGCCACUCCCAAAGAAGCAGAGGAAUGGGUACAGCAAGUGAAAUUUGUAAUACAAGAUAUGGAAUCAAAUACUAUUCCGGAGGAGGAAGAGGAAUAUGAUGAUGUUGGACAAGCGAGCAGUGAACCAAUAGAUGAUAGCAUUUAUGAAGAACUUCCAGAAGAAAGUGCUUCUCCAAAGGCUGAAGUGCCAAGAAAAUGGAGCCAGGAGAAAGUUACCACUGUUUCAGAUGGCAAAAAUACCGAUUAUGCCAAUUUCUACCAAGGUUUAUGGGACUGCACCGGAGAUGUACCUGACGAGUUGUCAUUUAAACGUGGUGAUGUUAUCUACAUUCUCAGCAAGGAGUACAAUAGAUUUGGCUGGUGGGUAGGAGAAAUGAAGGGAACCAUUGGCUUGGUGCCUAAAGCCUACAUAAUGGAGAUGUAUGAUAUUUGAGAGGCCUGGGCGAAAUCUGCACUUGAAAUCAAGAGUGGUGUACAGCUGCAGUUUACAGACCCGACCUCUGGAAGAAGAUUGUGCCGUACACAUUUUGUGGUUUCAGCAAACGUAGUCAGAUCAUUGCCUCGUAUAUAUUAAACAUUAAAAACUGUAAUUGAUCAUAAUUCCACGGAAAUGUUCUUCUUAGUCACUUUUUAUAGAAUUGUAAUGCUAGGAAAUGAAAUCCAUGGUAAUUCACAUAUGGAGCACAAGCAGUCAAAUAGUGCCUGUUGCUCUUUUCUUAAGCAUAAUAGCAGCACUCUGUAUUGCUAUACAUUUGUGUUCUUUCAGGGAGUUUGGCUGUGUUUACCUGUUACUCAGAUUUAAAAAAAUUAAGCUGGACUUCAAAAGUAGAAAACUAUUGCACAGUUCGUACAUGAAUUAACUGUUUCAUGUAGUAGUUCACUGUACAUUUUUUUGCAGUUUUUAUGAAAAUCAAAGGAAAUUUCUGUGUACUAUUUUAAGUCUUCAAAGUAUUCUGCUUCCAAGUGUGUUUUUUGUUUGGUUGUUUUUUGGUUUUGUUUUGUUUCAGUUUCAGCCAAUGAUUUAUUUUUUUCUAUAUUUAGCUUUGUUAAUGUUAAUGACUGUUACGGUACUACAAAAUGAAGGCUUGGCUCUUUUGCUGAUGUAAAUCUGUCUACGUGGGGUAAUACUGUGCUGAUAGCAUUGUGACUUGGAGGUAUGAAUUUUGUGAAAAUUUGGCAAAGAUAAUGUAUUAAAGACAACAGUUUUUGGUAAGCCAACAUGAGAUAAAAAGUAGAUGAGUGAUUUUGUGGGUGGUGAAAUGCUAUUUUUUUUAUCUCUACCUUGCUUGUACUUUCCACAGAGUAAAAUCUGCAUACCCUGUUGUGUGGAAUUUCUGAUGCAAGUUGUUCAACAGACAUCUUCAGCUCUGAGUUAAAAAGGGCUGUGCCUGCAUUCUUAGUGUCAGGACUUUGUGGCUAUGAGCAUCAGUUGAAACAUUAAAAAAAAAAAGUAGAUAAAUAUUUUCACUUGUGAACAAGGAGUUGGACAAGGUAGAGUUAAUUAAACCUCUCCUUUUGGAGAUGUGUUCGACUAGUAGCAUGGAAGAUCAGCUUUUUUUGAAUCCUCCCCCAGACUUGAUUUGUGGGCCCCUUAAUCUGCCAAGGAGGCAGGUCAGGCCAGUCUGAGGCUUGCUGAGCCUGUGCAGGUCCCCCUGUAGCUGCUUGUGCUGUUUAUGCUUCAGGCGGGCCCUGGGAACACUGUGGGUUAAAGGGUAACGUUAGCCUAAACUCAGGGCUAGGUCCUUUUAAUAAGCUCAGGUGCUGUGCUUGUUUUAGGUCAUUUCUGGUACUUCCUAGUACACUGGAUCCUAACAGGAAUCAACGAAGGUACAGAGUUUUGGUAUAUAUUUUUAAAAAAGAGAUACUCAUUGCGAUUUAUUCUGGACAUUAUCAGUGACGCAUUCAAAGGAUAGAUUAGAGUCUUCAGCUCUCGUGCUACUUUAUCAAGUCUACUUGGGGCUUGUGCACAGAAGGUAAGGCCUUAAUGCCACGGCCAUAAACCCCCUUCUCCCUCGUUAACACCCCACACCUCCGCGCCCCGAGCUGCUUUUCCUUUUCCCGGCGCCCCAAAUUCCCGCACCGCCUAGCUUUUGGGGGUGAACCCUCCUUCAUCGGCCGAGGCGAACGCGGUCCGUGGGCAGGUGUGCUUGGAAAAGGCAAAAUGGGGCUGGAAGAGGGGGCGGCUGCUGCGCGCAUCCCUGCGCCGCGCAUCCCCGCGCAUCCCCGCGCAUCCCUGCGCUGCGCGCCCGCGGCGGCAGGUGGCAGCAGCUUUUCGCCGGCACCGGGAGGAGCCCGGCUCGGCCCCGGCCCCCUUCCCCCUCCCCUCGUCCCCGCCGCCGCUUUUUGCCUUUUUUCCAGGAGAGGGAGUCCUUCGCCAACGGAUGGGCACCCGGCCCGCCGAGCUCCCUCCUCCCGGCUGGCGGCAGCGGGGGGAAUAAAGUGCCUUUUGUCUGCGGAGCGGCUCGGGGGCUCUGCCCCCCUUCUCGGGCAUGGGGGGGGAGGUAAACGAGCUGCCUUAAAACCCGAGACCUAACAGAAAGCUGCUCGGAAAGUCACCGCGAGUGUCUCGAAUAAAGCAGCGGUGGAGCGCGGGCGGGUUGUUUGCUUUAAAUCCGUGCAGCCGCCGUAACCUUUUUUGGCUAAGAAAACCUCCGCUGGUGCUACUUAAACAAAUCUCGGUGUUAGAAAAUGCUAAUCGCUUCAUUUUCAUUGUUUGCUUAGGUUGCGCUCGCCUUUCUGUGAACAGCCAGGCAGCUAAUUUUUUAAAAAGGUGGUUGUGAGUCAUAUUUUGUACAGCGUUUUACUUGAUUAUUUGCUCUGUUCUGAAUUUGUACUAUACUGCCAUUAGAUCUUACAAUAAUGUUCUACUCUGCAAAUUUUUAAGGUUCAAAUAAAGUUUAAUUGUUUGCAAACUGU